UUGACUGUGUGAUGGAGGUGGAGAACAGCAGCGACCCGAUGGAGGGUCCCUGCGGAAACGAGAGUCAGCUGUGCGACUACACCGACUGGGAGCACUCUUCCUCGGUGGUCCCCGUGCUCUACAUGCUGGUCUUUGUCUUCGGACUGUCCGGAAAUGCAGUGGUCAUCUGCACAGUGUGGAGGUCUCGCACCAAGAGGAGAUCGGCAGAUACCUACAUCGGGAACCUGGCGCUGGCCGACUUGGCGUUUGUGGUAACCCUACCUCUGUGGGCUGUGUACGCGGCUCUGGACUACCGCUGGCCCUUUGGUUGGCUGCUCUGUAAAGUCAGCAGCUACCUGGUGAUGAUCAACAUGUACGCCAGCGUCUUCUGUCUGACCUGCCUCAGCUUUGACCGCUACCUAGCCAUCGUCCACUCUCUGUCCAGCAACAAGCUGCGUUCCAGCCGCACCACCCUGCUCUCCUUGGCUCUCAUCUGGUUCCUGGCCGGACUGUUGGCUCUCCCAGCCUUGCUCCUGCGGAAAACGGAGGAAAAGGAGAACCAGACCAUAUGUGCCAUGGACUAUACCUGGGUGGCGAGUGAAGACACCGAGCAUUUCUGGGUCGGGGGCCUCAGUCUCUUCGCCAGCACCUUGGGCUUCAUCCUACCUUUCCUACUGAUGUCCACCUUCUACUGUGCCAUCGCCAACACCGUCACCAGACACUUCCAGAACGUCAAGAAGGAAGAGCAGAAGAAGAAGCGUCUGCUGAAGAUCAUCAGCGCCCUGGUGUUGGUUUUUGCCAUCUGUUGGCUUCCCUUCCACAUCAUCAAGACCAUAGACGCCCUGUUCUGGCUGGAUCUCAUCCCCUUCCACUGCUCCAUCGAUGUAUUCCUCCACAUGGUCCACCCCUACGCCACUUGUCUUGCCUACAUCAACAGCUGCCUCAACCCGUUCCUCUACGCCUUCUUCGACCAGCGUUUCCGAUCCCAGUGUCUGUCUGUGCUGCGCUGCUCCAGCGCUCCCAAGUGGAUCCCACCAGGCUAGUAGCCCCGAGCGGCAACAUCUUGAGGGGUGGGGAUGGAGAUCUGUGCCUGUGACUGAAGAAACGACUCUUUGGGUAAACGUGUCUGUUUAUUUUGCUUUUGGCUACAGCUUGUGCUGAAAACCCCGAUGGAAAGCUGAGAUAUAUUUUAUAAAUAUAAUCUGCUUCUUUUGCUGGUUUCCAAUUUAAUAAAUCCCUUGAUAAUGGCUGGGAGAAACGCAGGAAACCUCGGAACUUAUUUCACUGUGUAUUUUUAACUCGUGACAAAUCAGGGAUCCAAACGUUACAGAGACCAGCGGCAAGUUUUAAUCUCAUGCCUGCUUAUUAACAUUGUGUGGCAACUUCCUCACCAUGGUUUUUCUUAUGUAACAUCGAGUCGUUUUACUUCCACAAUGACACUUAUCGCCCAGCAAAGCGGUUAGUUUUUGAUUUUGAUAGUGUCACCAGUGCCGGCUGCAGCCUGCCGACAUAACUAACGAAUGAUAGCGAGAUUGAUUAUCGGGGAAAUACAAAUGACCUAAAAUUAAUCACAUCUAACAUCCAAUUCUCAAUUUUCUGGAGGCUGUCUUCAGACGGUCGAGCAAAUGUGCAGUCUCUUUGACAGGACGCGUGGAAAGAGUAAGGACAAAGCUCUCUCUGUUCCUGACUGCAGAUGCCAGGCUCGGCUGUGACCACACAUGCAGUUCUUGUUAGGUUUGAUUGCAUAAUUUGUUUUACAAAGGCGAGAACUACAACUUUAAUGUUAGGAUCUGUAUAAUCUCCUGUCUUCCCAAACAUCUUGAAUAGCUCUAUUUUUUGUUAGGCUUGAAACACGAUGGGCCGAACGGCCUCACUUAGUGCAAACUUGUGUGAUUCUGCCUCCAGAGUGCCUGAUCUGGCAGAGAGACACUUUCACUGAUGCCCUGCAAUCCAUUUAGUACCUCUCCCUUGCUUCAAGUUAUAACCUGAAAUAAAAACAAAUGCUGGAAAUGUGAGCCUGGUAAAAUAAGAAAGAGACUGUUUAAUAAUUUUGGUGGAGACCGAAAGGCAAAUUCCUUUGUAGGAAUGGCUGAGUGAGGAAGCUCUGUGGUCACUAGGAUAUGCUCACAUGUUACAAAGAGGCAGCUAAUUCAUUUAUAGUUGUAGUAUAAUAUUGUAUCAAUAAAACUUGAGCAUCUUUUAAAUUGGUUAAGUUCCAUUCCAGUGCAACAGGUUGUUAAUGCAUCUCUGCCUUAUAAAUGGUAUUACUCUUAGUCAAUCUGCUUUGCUACUUAAGCUUAGAGAAUUGAAGGCAACAGCAUAGUUCUCAGGUAAAAUAAAAACAGCUCAACUGUUGCCGGCUUUGCUGGAUCAGGUACACAAGUAUGUAUCUGGCUGGAGAGAAUAUACACCCAUAAGUAGAGAAACAGCAACUUUUUGUACAUUUAACAAUUGCAAGAGCUUUCUGACAUAUCAGAGACCCUACUAACCAAGAGAAAAUGCACAAUUAACUGCCCACUUGUAAUACUCGUACAUUAUUUUGGUCAGAGCUAUAGUGGAGUUCAUUUGGCUUCUCUCCUGUAUUUUGAUGAGAAAAGUAUUUUCAUUUUGUAGAGGCUGUUAGAGCUUUUGCUGUUGCUGAAAUGUUCUGUUUACUGCUGAGUUCUGUGGGAAAGAACUGUCAUAUGUUUAGCUUAAUUACAAGCGGAGAAUAAAGAUUUUUGAAUUGUGUUAUCAACUGCAAGUGUUGUAAUUGUAUGUGAGUUGGUGCAUUCAUUUGGGAUAAGCACCAGUUAGACACUGGAGAUUUCAUUUGCCAUUAUAUUUGAUGUGGCUGCAUAUUACUUUUUAUUUGUUUAAUUUGAAUUAUUUCUGGACUUUUAUAUCAUUGUCUGACUGUGGAUCAGUUUGACAUCCUAUUGCAUUUACAACAGUAUGUCUGUAUUAUAUUUGUAUAAUGCCUACUUGUGUC